GGCUAGGUUGAAAGUGUGCAUUGAUAUUGAUUUUGACAUUUUGUGGAUGUGAAGAGGCAGCCGAAAGUUAGGGUUUCUUACUUCAAACCUCAAUGGAUAGAAAACUAGAGCCGGAUAUCUGCGGUUCCGUUCUCGAAUUCCUUGUCUUGAAUUCAGCCGACGAUUUGUUGGUGAAGAAACUUAUCAAUGCUUUCCCGCAAUUUACCCCCAGCCCUCGCUUGGUGAAAGCGAUCAAUCUCCGUUCCAUCCAAACUGAAAUCCAAGCCGGCGAGAUUACCGAGAACAUACUCGACUAUUUGGAGACGGUCGCCCGCCUCCACCGUAAACAAAGGCUCCAGAUCCCCGAUUCCAUCAAGGAAGCUUACUGCGCCGUCGCACUGGAUUGCUCCGCCAAGUACUUGGCCGGAGAUACGAACCCUGAUGGCCCGUACCUGGAUGCGGUGAACAGAAUUUGGAGGAACCGAGUUGAAGGUCUUGAAAGAUCCGGGAUGUCCGAUUUGGUUUCUGACCAGCUGAGAAACCGUCGGCGUCAAGUGGAGGCUGUGUUUGAGGACGAUGAGGUGCGCCGUCGUUUAAUCGCAAUCAAUACGCGAAGCGAAGCCAUACUUAGCCUUAGGCUUUAUAUGCGCGAAGCGCUUGCCUCUAUGAACCCGUCGGUCCUCGAAAGAGUAUCAUCACGGGCUAAAUUGCUUCCUUCAUAAGUUACUUUUACUUGUAUUUGUCCACCAUGAAUAUGGAAUACUAUUACCUUGUGAAUGCAGUAUGUGGUAGUAUUACCAGUACUUGUUUGUGGUUAACAGAUUUUGGAGGGACCAAAUUCAAAAUUUUGAAAGCAUCCAUUUUGAAGUGGAGGUGGUGCACUGUACUUGGCUUGCCUCGAUGAGGCCAUGGUUCUUGUAAGAUCAUAAUAUGCACAUGUAGUAUGUCUAAAAACUAAUUUCUACUUGUCGUUUUGGAAUUUUAAAUAUGAUCUGCUACUUCUUGGA